AUUUAUCACGUGAUAACUGAAGAAAAACAGUCGUCUGCUGUAUAACAUUUUUAAAGUGACAAGUAAAGUUGAACCGUUCGUUAACUGACUAUAUCACAAAGAAUGAUUUAUAAAUAUGAUUAAUAGUAAAAACCUAAUGAACAUGUGCAGUGUAUAAAUUUAACACUUGUUUGCUAUUUUAAAUCGAUAGUAUUGACAAGUCAAAAAUUUUGAUGAAAAAUCAGGAUUGCAAGCCAAAAGGUAUGACUUCAAAUGGGAAAGGGAAGUCAUCAGUUGACAGUAGGAUUAUGGUAUUAGGCCGGAGUGCUGUUGGUAAAUCAGCAUUGGUAGUUAGAUAUUUAACAAGACGUUUUAUCUGGGAAUAUGACCCAACAUUAGAAUGUACAUACAAACAUCACAGUGUUGUAGAUGACGAAAACGUUGUCAUGGAAAUUUUAGACACUGCUGGUCAAGAUGAGACUAUUCAUCGUGAGGGUAGUGUUCGAUGGGCAGAUGGAUUUGUUCUUGUCUAUGCUAUAAAUGAUCGUCAGAGUUUUGAGGAUAUAACAAGUAUAAAACAAUAUAUUGAUGAUACAAAAAAGACUAAUGUACAAUGUGUUUUAGUUGGCUCAAAAUCUGAUCUCCACCACGAAAGACUAAUCAGUACAGCCGAAGGACAAAAGCUCGCGACUGAUAUGGCAUGUGCGUUUUUCGAAACAUCAGCAAGUGAAGCUGGUAGUGAAAUUCCAGAACUAUUCCAAGAACUUCAUCGCGAAAUAAAAAGACGAAAAUUGGUUGAAAAUAAACCAAGACGUCGGAGUUCUGCACAACAAGUAAAACAAGUUCUUACAAAAAUGUUCAACAAACAGACAAGUAAAACCGGACCGACGUGAACAAGUACUUUACUUAUGAUCUAACAGUGACGAAUUCAAAUUGACGCUUUGUCUUUAAUAUCUUCUAAAUGAAGAAUUCCAUGUGAUGCAACUGUACAUGGUAUCUGUAGAUACAUUUUAGUAUCUGUUUAUUAGUAUGGUCAUUGCAAUCGUUUGACUAAACAGUAACUAAACGUGUUGUUGCUUUACAUACACUGUUAUAAUACCCGUUAUAAAUUCCGUUUCGACGUUAUGGUAUUCAGAUAUAUACAGACUUACUUGAGAAAUUCAACAAUUCAAAGAUAUACAUUUCGCUAGACAUGGUCUUUAUAGUAACGAUGACGUAUUCUUCUCUUCAUUAUAAUGAAACUAGAAGAAGUGCGUGUAAAUUUCACAAAAUUAUCCCCACCUCCACAUAAAGCAAUGGGAAAGUCCUUGUUUUGCUUAGGGAAACACCACAAAUAAAGCAUGUUAUAUGGUUAAGAUUCUGAAAAGUUUUGAUAAAUUCUGAUAAGGGGUUUAGGAGAAGUUGGUUUCCCCCAGAUAAAUUUACGAAAAAAGUCCAUGAUUUGCCUAGGAAACUCAAAAUUGAUUCGGAUAAAAAAACAAAAUAGCAAUUGCACAAAUAUAUGAAAUGUUGAAGAGUCUGAGAAAUUUUUAUUAACUUCUGAUUAAGGGUUUCUAUGAGCAGAAGCAGAAUACAAAUGUGUACUGUAGUGUUCAGUUAUGACAACUCCAUGUCAUCCAUCAAUAAAACCUAACCAUCACUCGGAUGAAGGAAUGAAAGAAGAAGUGCAAAGUAAAUCAUGUGAGUAGAUUCUGUGAAAUUUUCACAAAAGUCUGUCCAGCGGUUCAAGAGCAGAAGCGGAUACAAAAGUGUAACGAAAGGACGAACGGACGGACAUAACCAUAAAUAUAUAAAACCGCCUGCUUCAACAAUAGGGGAGUCUAAUGAUUGAAUUCACAAAUCAUUGAAUUCACAAAUGCACAUAAUUAAAGAGUCCAACACUAUCAUCGAAAAGUUACUUAUAAUUGUUAUAGAUAGGUGAUUGAGACAUUAUGCAAAAAUUAUUUCUUUUCCCUAAUAGAAUGACAUACAUUUAUUUACUAAAAGUCAAUCGUCAUUCUAAUAUUAUUAGACCGAAACUUAAGGAAAUAUCGAUACUAUGUAAUAUUGGUGGAUAGUUGUCUCAUUUACAAUCAUACCACACACUCCUAUUUUUAUAAUGUAUUUUAUAUAUGUUUGUGUUUUAUUGCAUUUACCAACCUCUUCAAAAGCGCCAUCUAUAUGUAUCUUUGAAAAUAACUAUAAAGUUUAAAAAAAAGAACACGUCAAUCAUUGUGUGGAGCUUGAAUUGUAUUCAUAUAACAUGUGUUACUUUUUGUUAUGGAUCAAGUAACAAUCGUUUGUUGAAAACAUUAAAUUGAAAUAAAAAAAGAUAUGUUGUUUCCCUUAA